AUGGGAGAGAUUUGGUUGCACCAACGUUGGCAGAAGAGACACUGCUGCAAAAGGAAGAGCCCGAGGAGCUCAAAGUUUCUGAAUUGGCUCCAGAAAAUCUGGAUGCUGGUGAAACGGAAGAAGAAAUCAAAGAAUCUUUUGAAAAGGUGUCUAAAUCUGAUUCUCAAAGCUCAGAAGUUGUUUCGGGAGAUGAGACGACCUGCUUAUCAGACGCUCCAUGAAGGUAUAUCAAACGAGCAACUUCAAUUACCAUCUUCUACGCUGGUGCCUGAGGAAAAGGAGAUAAAAAUUUCUGAACGUAAGCAUGAAACUACAACCCAAGACAAGAAUAAAGAAGAUGGGAGCACAGAGAAAAAUGAAGUUCCAGCUGAUGAAAACACUAGAGAUUUAUUUGUUGCUGUAACUUCUGAAGAAGAGACAUUCUUGCAAAAGGAAGAGCCUAGAGAGUUUAAAGCUUAUGAGUUGGCUCUGGAGAAGCUACAUGCUGGUGAAACUGAAGAAAUCAAAGAAACUUUGGAAACAAUCUCUAUAUCUAAUUCUCAAUGCAUUGAUACAGUUUCCAAAGAUGAUAUUGUUGCUGAUCAAACUCUUGUUGGGGCAUCUUAUACUUCACUUCCCAAGGAAAAGGAGCAUGAGGCAGGUGAAAAUGAAGUGCCAGCUGAUGAAAAUGGGGGAGAUUUAAUUUCUGCAAGGUCAGUCGAAGAGACAAUCUUGCAAAAGGAAGAGCCCGGGGAGCUCAAAGUUUCUGAAUUGGCUCCGGAAGAGCUGAAUGCUGGUGAAACUGAAGAAGAAAUCAAGAAAACUCCUGAAAGAGUGUCUAAACCUGAAUCUCCAAGCACUGAUGUAGUCUUGAGAGAUGAGGCCAUUUCUGAACAGACGCUCCACGAAGGAAUAUCAACAGAGAAACUUCAAAUACCGUCUUCUGUAUUGCUUCCUGAGGAAAAGGAGAUCAAAGCUUCGGAAGAGCUUGGAACUACAUUCUCUGACAAGAAUAUAGAAGACACCUCGAGCAAUUUGCAAAUGCAAGAUGAUGAGAACACAAAAGCUAUAAGCACAGCGAAAGAGACAAGCUUGAUAAAGGAAGAGCCGAGGGAACUCAAAGCUUCUGAUUUUGAGCUUCACCUUACUCAAGAAGUACCAAGGGAAAGUUCAAAUGAAGAGAUCAUGGAGGAUGAGAAACUUCCAGAAGAGUCGGAGCCAGAUUCUGUCAGAGAAGAGAGCCAUCAUGAAAACAAAGCAAAAGCUGAAAAACAAGGAGAGCAGACCGAUGAACAUCAGAACAAGUUGUCCGAGGUAGAUGAAAAGGGAAUUCCAGUGAGAAGUACGAAAGACAGCUCACAUUUGAAGACUUAAGUAUCAAGGAGCAUGACCCAUGUUUUGUGGAGGAUAAGACAAUACAAGACGGCUUUCCAGAAGAAGAGAAGAGAGUUGAGGAGGCAGCUUUUGAAUUUGACCUCAAAAAUCAAGAAGAUGAAAUAAACUCAAAGAGCAGCAUAACAGAAGAAACCGAAAUCGAAAAGGACUUAAAGAAUUCUCCAAUUGUCGAAACUUCACAAGAGGUUGAAGCAAAGGAUACUAAGUCAACCAAUGAUACAUGCGUUGCUCCGGAAAUCAAAGAAAGAAUACAAGUGGGUACGCACUCGCCUGAGGAGAAAGAACCAACAGCGAUUUCCAAAGAACAGAAAAUUGAGGAAGACGAAGAAGAAGAGCACGAAAGUUCCGAUGAGGUGAAAGUGGAUGAAGAGAAAGGAGAAAAAGAACACAAAACCGGAGAGCCAGGAUAUGAUUCCCCCAUCAUGGUAGAAGCCUCAAGAGAUGCUGAUGUCAAUGUGAAGGUGGUUUCACAUAAGAAGUCUAACCACAUUCUUUCGGGUAUCAAGCAUUCGAUUUCCAAGGUGAAGAAAGCCAUCACUGGUAAGUCUUCUCAUUCAAAGACAAAGUCAGAAAAAUGAAGGGAAACAAAAUGCAAGGAUCCAGAUGGAUUCCAGCGGUUGAAGAAUUGGGAGCUUUAACGAAUUUUGUGGGUGUGCUAGCUUGUUCCAAGUUCCGAUUGUUUUUGACGACAUUGGAGAGGUUUGAGUGUGUAGUGUGUGAUUGUGCAGCUUGAAUAAGUUCAUAUUCAUUGAUUUGUAGAGUGAGCUAAAUGUUUGCAGGACUGUAAAUUUGUAAUUUGUGUACAGUGUAGGGCGAUUGUAUAUGUUUCUCACUUCGGCUUUUUGAGUGAAAAGUGAAAGUUUUCAACAUCUA